AUGCAUCCCGCUGAAGGCCGAACGAGAGCAGAUUCGGGCGUUUCUCUCACUACCUCGUUGUCUGGUGAUAAAGAUCUCCCAGAGUUCUCUGCAUCCGUUGCUCUCCCUUCACAUUUGCAUCUUCUGGCAAAGGUAUAUGGAGUCCCGGAAUCCGACCUCAUUCACCUGGCCUGGGCUUUGGUCUUGAGAUCUUUCCUGGGAACGUCAUCGAUAUGCUGGAGCACAGUCAAUUACCAAAAUCAUGGGACAGAUAGAAACGCCCGUGCCAUGAAAUGGGAGUGCCUUGAACUGAAUGAGCAUCAUACUAUUAGCUCGGUGCUUCAGAACUGGCAGGAUCCCUCUGUGCAUCGAUUGUUGUCAACGAGCCAGCUCUCCGGAGAGAGCCAGAACCCUGCCACCAUAAUGGUGGUUGUGAAGAAGCAUCCAUUUUUUGAUACUCUGAGCCCGACAGGGUCUCAGACAGGGAUUGGAAUAAGGAUGUGCUUCCAUCCAUCGACAGAGCAACCUUGGCUCCGUGUCAUCUGGCAUCCAGAAUCCAAAGUCGCCGGUAAUGCGUUUUACCUCACUAGAGCAUUGGAAAAUGCCAUCCAUGCCAUAUUUCUGACGCCACAUCUUGAAAUCGGCAACCUCAAUCUCUUCAACAUUUGGGACCACCAGCAAAUUCUGGAGUGGAACUCUCAUUACCCCGAGGAGACGAAUCGUCUUGUACAUGAUCUGUUCAAGGACGAGGUUGACGCAAGGCCAGACGCUCACGCAGUGGCUGCGUGGGAUGGCGAGCUGACCUACCGAGAACUUGAUCGCCUGUCUUCGCGGCUAGCUGGAAUGCUGCAGAAGUCUUUUGGUGUCACACCGGAAAUUGUGGUUGCGCUCUGCUUUGAGAAGUCGGUCUGGGCGAUUGUGGCUAUGUUGGCCGUGGUCAAAGCAGGAGGAGCCUUCCUACACGUUGAUCCAAAUCACCCUGCUGUUCGACAACAAGCCAUGAUCAAAACAACAGCCGCCCAACUGGUCUUAUGCUCGAAUCAGACACGCAGCGUGAUCUUUCAAUUCAUCCCUGGCCUUGCAUCAAUGGUCAUUGACCGCAAGACAUUCUCUGUUGAGCCCGAUCACACGCAUCAGGAAGCAUUCAUAUCUUCUCAGGUUCUCAGUCCAAAAAAUUCUGCUUAUGUCGUUUGUACAUCAGGUAGCACAGGAAUCCCGAAGGCUAUUGUUGUUGAGCACAGUUCACUGUCUACCAGCGUAAAAGCACAAGCCAAUGCAAUGGGGAUUAUGCCUGGAUCACGCGUUCUGCAAUAUGCAGCCUAUACAUUCGACGUCAGUGUUGGGGAUAUCUUCACAGCCCUCACUUGCGGCGCGUGCAUAUGCAUUCCAUCCGAGUGGGAGCGAUCCCAUGACCUUGCCGGUGCCAUCAAUCGUUUAAACGUCAAUCAAGCUUGUUUGACUUCAACAGUGGCGAGCAUACUGUCACCAGCUGAGGUUCCAGGUUUGGAGAAGCUCACAUUGGGAGGUGAGCCAGCUACACAGCAGUGUGUCAACAUUUGGAGUGGGCAUGUUGCCCUCAAGAAUGUUUAUGGGCCUGCAGAGUGUACCAUUUGGUGUGUGAUCCAACCCGAUCUGUCUCAGGAUAUCUCUGUGUCCAACAUCGGGCACGGUAUUGGUUCUCGGACCUGGAUCGUUCACCCGGACAACCAUGAUCGCUUGAUGCCUGUUGGCGCUGUUGGGGAAUUGCUCAUCGAAGGGCCAUUAGUUGCGAGAGAAUAUCUCAACGAUUCGGCAAAAUCCGAGGCAGUAUUUCUGUUGAAACCUCCUGCCUGGCUGGCAUCUUUUGGACCAACUCCGGGCGGGAGUAGAUUCUAUAAGACAGGGGACUUGGCUCGAUAUGGCCCCGAGGGUGACUUGUUGUUUGAGGGUCGCAAGGAUACCCAAGUCAAGCUUCGAGGCCAGCGGAUUGAACUGAGCGAGAUUGAGUAUCGCUUGCAUCAAGCUGUGUCUGACCAGGUUGCUGUUGCAGUCGAGCUUGGAUGUCCGAAAGAUUCAAAAGCACCGCUAUUGGCUGCUUUCAUCAGUUGGGACAAGGGACUCGAUCCACAAGACGUGAAAGCUUUGACAUCCGACGCACGGCAGCAGUUCCAAGACUUGGUUUCAAAGACCAAGGCUAUCAUCGAGCAAUCUCUGCCACCAUAUAUGAUACCUUCUCUAUUCAUCCCAAUUCAAGCACUCCCAUUGACCACAUCCGGCAAACUCGAUCGCAAGUCACUCCGUUAUUUCUGCUCGCAAUACUCUCAUGAAUUUCUGAGGAGUUUUGACGAUCUGAAUCCGGAGAUGCAGGAACAAGAUUCAUCGGAUUCGGAUCUCACUGCUGUUGAGAGCGCAAACCCAGCUGAGGAGGGCCUAGUGCGGCUUUGGGCCCAGGUCUUGGAAAAGAAAAGUGAAAAUAUCAGGCGGUCUGACAACUUUCUUUCACUAGGAGGAGAUUCACUGGCGGCAAUGAGGCUUGUCAAUAUCGCGGCAAGAGACUUACGAUUGACUUUGACUGUCGCAGAUGUGUUCAAGUCUCCUGUUCUGGCUGAUCAAGCGGCACUGCUCCGGCCACUUAUCCAGACAAAGCACGUUGCAUCGUUUGAAUUGAUGAUGGACGCGGAUCUGCCAAUCCAAGAAUUGGUGGACUCGGUGGCAAAUCAAUGUGAGCUGAGCUCUGAGAAAGUCGAAGAUAUCUAUCCCUGUGCUCCAUAUCAGGAGGAAAUGAUGCGGGAUUCGCUUCACAGCGAGCGGACACAAAUGGGCCAGGAAGUUAUUCAGCUUUCUAGCGACUUGGAUCUUCCACGAUACAUGAAUGCUUGUGCACGGAUUUUCCAAAGAUUUCCUAUCCUGCGGACCAGAAUUGUGGAAGCUUCAGGGAAGCUUCUUCAAGUUGUCGUCGGGGAAGAUCUCCCUUGGCAGCGGCCAGAAUCUCUUGCCGAGUAUCUGGAGGCCGAUGCCCAGGAGAAGCCCUCUUUGGGAAGACCACUAGCACGGUGGGCAUUGACCUCGGAUGGAACACAUUUGAUAUUGACGAUGCACCAUUCAAUCUUUGAUGGAAUCUCACUGGGUCAGAUUCUAGGCUCCAUAUAUGCCGUAUACCAAUCCAUUCCACUCCCCCCGGUCAACCUGGCCUUUUCAACCCUCCUUGGAAAGAUCGAUCCACUCCAAACCGAUCUUUCUAGCGACUCAAAGCAGUUCUGGCGAUCUUAUCUGUCUUUGGCCCCGGGAUUCAACGAGACCGCCCCUUCAAAUGACAACUCUGGCCCUCUACCAUGCGCGAAUUCCGGCAUUCAACGUCUGGUGACUUUCCAAGCCAAUGCAGUUCCAGCUUUACAACAGCACGGGCUAACAGAAGCAUCCCUUGUUCGCGCAGCUUGGGCAUGCACAUUGGCUAAGCACCAUCAGAGUCCCGAAUCGGAUGUGAUCUUCGGUACAAUUUUGACAGGCCGCAACAUUCAUCUUCCCGAUGUCGACACACUCGUCGCACCAACUCUGGCACACACGCCAAUCCGCGUCCGCAUGUCUUCCCUGCAACAUGAGAACCCAGCUCCGUUCCUGUCUCAGAUCCAGGCCGAGGCGACGGCCAUGAUUCCAUUCGAACACGACGGGAUGGACCGGAUUCGCGCUAUAGAUGAUCAAGUGCGCGCUGCUUGUGACAAUAUGCAAACUUUGCUUGUGAUCCAGCCGAUUCCGGAAGGGUUGACUUUGGAUUCGAAAUCCCCUUUCCCUGGACUUAUUCUUUCAGGUCCCCGUGUUGAGGCUCGGGAGAUGCGGCAUUUCCACUGGUAUGGUCUUCUUGUGGAGUGCACGUUGUUACCAACCAACGGCUUCCUUGUUCGAAUGUGCUUCGAUGAUCGGCUUUAUUCGCCGGAGAUUGUGGAGGGGUUGCUCGAUGAUUAUUCGCAAGCUGUGCAUGAGCUGGCCCGUGGACUUACUGGAGAGCCAUUCUUCUCCAAUAACCAAAGGGAUGAUUCUUUCGUUUCUCCUUCGGAAAUUUUCCCGCAAGAAGAAACCUUGGAAGGUCUUGGUUGUCUGUAG